AUGGCUACGCCCGGUUCAGCCAGGCCCGAGGUGGGCGACAUGUUGCUCGUCAUCCAUGAUUUCCAGGCCCGCAGCUCCGACGAGCUUAGCCUGGCCAAAGGCGACCGUGUCGAGUUGCUUGAACGUGAUGAUGAAUUUGGAGACGGUUGGUUUUUGGGCAAACAUCUAGGCAAUGGCAACACCGGUCUUUUCCCUGAGGUCUAUACCAGACCGGCGCCGAAGCCAGCCGUGAGCAGCGCGUCGCCGUUUUUAGCACCCAAACAACCCCUCACACCCUUGGCCGAGGUUGCCAACGAGCAGACAUCAACCGCCACAAGUCCACCCGCAGAAACGACCAAGUCUGCCUCCCUCCAGGAGCCAAAACCAGCCUCCGCCGCGCUCCCGCUCAGUUCGUUCGCAACCGGUACCGCCCCUAGUCCACCGCAAUCGGCCAACAGCCUGCCUGCUGGUACCGGCACUGGUCUUAGCAGCAGUACAACGCGACCCAGCGCAAGCACGGAUAGCCACGUCCUGCACGAGACCCUAAAUGUUAUCGACGAGCACAUCACGGAUUUGAACUCGGCACCAAGCAACGUGAAUUUUCGUAAUGGUAACGACUCGGGCAGUGAAUACAGUUCCCACAUAGACCAUCGAAUUUCGUACAUCCAAGGUGAAGAAACGGAUGAGGAGGAAGAAACGGUCCACUCUCGCUCCGAGGUUGAGUCGUGGUCCGCGGAUCAGGUUGCCGAGUACCUGUUCACCGUCGGCGUUGAAAAGCACCAUUGCGAGGUUUUCCGGGACCAGGAAAUCACGGGCGAGGUGAUCUUGGGAAUGGACCAGACGUCGCUCUUUAUCAAGGCGCUCGACUUGGGCUCGGUGGGACGCAGGCUAAAGACGUGGCAGAAGAUCAAGCAGCUGCAGGAUGAAGUGAACGGGUUAUCGACGAGCAUGGGGAGAAACACCAUGUCGUACGGAAGCGACGCGGGGUCCGAGGCAGGAAGGGUCCGGAGCAGGACAAAUACUGUGACAAACUCCAGUCAGCGGUUCACUCCUCUUAACGAUGCCAGUUUGUCGGUUUCGACAAGAAAGCUGUCGCAAACGCCGAAGCUGGAGCCGUACGAGCCCGUAUCUCCCGUGUCGCCCUUGGUAGAAAGCCCGAGUCGCGCGUUUCACGAGAAGCGACCCUCUGCUGCAUCUGUCCGAGAUUUGCACCACUCUCGCCGUCACUCAUCAACCGAUUUCCGCCUGACAGGCACAACACUCAACACUUCUACUGUGCCUUCCAAGACCGCGUCCACUGGACCAUACCCGCGGCAGGACGCUCCCCAUAAGAAGCAGCCAUCCUUCGAUAGGAAUUGGACUCUGGGGAGCGCCACGGCUUAUGCGCAGCGGCCCUUGUCCUCUGCAGGGCCUCAGGAGGGCACGGUGGGACAAAGCUCUGAGCUCCAGGAUUCGGCCAUCGAGCUCGACCGGGGCUACUUUUCUGGUCCUGACGCUGAUACCCGACGCCGGAAUGUUCUUAAGAAGCGUGACACUCUGCAGGCGGGCCAGUCCUCGCCCAAGUCCAGUUACACAGAGGAGCAGCGAGUGCGGAGCGCGACCGCGUUGUCCAGACACUCGAGGCUUGGUAGCACGGAUUCCACGCGCGAGUCGCCCGCAGCCCAAAAAUACUAUGGCAAAUCCAAGCGCACGCCGUCUACGGCUACUGCGGAUUCCAUGCGCCGGAUUUCCGAGUCCAGGGAAGCGACUCAUCCCACUGUUACCAGGUUGGACAGCAACACAUCGGACCAAUCUCGCGCGUCACCUAAAUCUGCCAUCAAACGAUUGAGUCAAGUUAACCACCCCGAUUUCAACGUUGCGAUGAUGCUGCGAAGUGGGCUAGGCGGGUUGAGGGCCGCCUCGGACGCAAUUACGGGCAGCGAAAAGGCCAAGGUGUCACCAAUUGACUCCCCAAACAAGGAAUCACCGAUGUACUCGCCGGCGCGCACGGGAUCUAGCACACCCUCGGCUGGACCGAGCUUCGAGCUGGAUUCCCCCGAUGCAGCCAAGAGCCCGAGCACGGCGACGACGGCGGCCAGCCGCACCAGCCGCAAGAAGACGAAGCAAGAAACCAGCGCAUAUACUCGCGGCCUCCAGAAAAUCAGCCCUGCAGAGGCGAUGAAAGACGCCGAUUACAGCGGCUGGAUGAAGAAGAGAAGCGCUAAUCUCAUGACGACGUGGAAACCGCGUCUCUUUGUACUCAAGGGUAGACGGCUCGCAUACUACUACUCAGAAGACGACGACCAGGAGAGAGGACUUAUCGACAUCUCUUUCCAUCGCGUUCUGCCGGCCGACAACGAACGGCUCACCGGACUCCAUGCCACCCUCACGGGGGUAUCGAGUUCGCCAGCAAUGCCAGCUGGAAGCCACAUGCCGACACUCGCAGCCGCAGACGCGGAACGCGAUCCGGUCAAGGAGUCGGAUUCUAUCUUCAUUUUCAAGCUUGUCCCACCGCGCGCCGGUCUUUCGCGCGCUGUCAAUUUUACCAAGCCAACAGUGCACUAUUUUGCGGUACCCAACAUCAAGCAGGGGAGAUUGUGGAUGGCGGCCCUUAUGAAGGCGACGAUCGACCGCGACGAUACCCAACCGAUUACUACGACGUACCAGCAAAAGACGAUCUCGUUGGCCAAAGCCCGGCAGAUGCGGCAUAGGCCGCCGGCUCUCAUGAACCUUGACGAGACAAACGACGAGGCCAGCAACGGCGAGAAGAAAGCAGCUGGCAGCAAGGAUGCAAAUGGUCUUGGGAUUGUCUACAGCGAGGCUGAUUCCGCAGCCGGAGGCUUGGAAAAGUUUGGACUCCACCAAGCCGAGAGCGCCGGAGUUGGAGGAUUCAACCUUGGUACCCAGGAAGGCACAUCAGUGCUCCCACAGAGCGCCUAG